CUGUCCGUCUUGCCCUUUCUGCCGCCCGUGUGUGGGACCGGCGCGGGGGAAGGCGGGUGAGGAGGUUCCUCGGCGGCUGGAAGGCCGCGGAGCACUACACCGAAGAAUGUCUGGCAGUUUCUACUUUGUGAUAGUUGGUCAUCAUGAUAAUCCCAUAUUUGAAAUGGAAUUUCUGCCUCCUGGAAAAGUAGAGUCCAAGGAUGAUCAUCGCCACCUCAACCAGUUCAUCGCCCAUGCUGCUCUUGACCUAGUAGAUGAGAACAUGUGGCUUUCUAACAACAUGUAUCUGAAGACUGUGGACAAGUUUAAUGAAUGGUUUGUUUCUGCUUUUGUCACAGCUGGACAUAUGAGAUUUAUAAUGCUUCACGAUGUAAGGCAAGAAGACGGAAUUAAGAACUUCUUUAAUGAUGUAUAUGACUUGUAUAUAAAGUUUGCAAUGAAUCCGUUUUAUGAACUCAAUUCUCCUAUUCGAUCCAGUGCCUUUGAAAGGAAAGUACAGUUCCUUGGGAAGAAACACCUUUUAAGCUGAAUAAAUAAAUUUCCCAAGUGAGUGCUUUUUCCGUACCUUCCUGAUUAUUUGAACAGUAGUUCUGGUUAGUUCUCGGCAUGUUUGAUACUCAUCUUCUGAAGAUUAACAAAUUGGAUGCUGAAGAAGCUUUUUUUUUUUUUUUUGCCAAUACAGAUAAGAACAUCCAAGCUUCUCUGGUUAAAACAUGUAUCUUAAUAAGUUUCCUUUUAUGUGCUAUGAAAACUAAGUUUAAAAAUGUCAGGGGCUGAACAGGUACAAACUGAGACAUGUGGGUGUCAAUGCAUGUGCAAAAUGUAAGGCUCUUUACAGGGUAGGAGGAAAUCUGAUCUAAAUGCAAAAUACACCUCCAGUCAUGUGAUUUAAUUUAAGCAGAAGGGAAUUCUUGUCUGUUUGGCCUAAGUGGUUAAUUUUGUUACAAACUUUCCUACUUACAGUCUUUCGCUAGAGAACUUACUCUGCAGACUAAACAGACUAACCUUACUCUUUGUGGUAUUAAAUCAGGUCUAUGUUUAUAUUGUAAUGUGUAAUGUAUGUAUUAUAAAGUGCUCAAUAAAAAGAAAAGAGGAUAUAUCAGCAAA